UCUGCAAACAGCCAACCAGGAAAUACUGAUAUUUUAACUCAUCCUGCGGUGUAUCGCGAUGUUAUGAAUCAGGGAGGCGGAGGCGACAAAAAUGAUGCUACUGGGCAAGCAAAUGGUCAAGGUCAGCAGGCAGCUGAUUGGGAUCUGUACCCGCAAGUGAUACGCAGAAUAGAAAAUGAAGGAACUGAUAGACAAGUUGAGCACCUUCACCAACUAGAG